AUGCUGGCGAGUAUAUACGCCUUUCUGCUGUGCACAGCGUUUGCCGCUGUCGCACACGCCAAAACGCUCACAGGAGUCUUCCAAGACCUUGCCAUCUCCCCAGCCAGCUCGUCGUUCACCUACCCCGAUACCCUAUGGACCGCUAGCUUGGACUAUGCCAUCACACCCGACAUGAGCGCCGUGCGUGGUGACGUCUUCACGCUGACCAUGCCGCACGUGAUCAAAGCCUACGGCUCGAUUACCGUAGGGUUUGACCAGUACAUCCCGCUAACCAGCAACGGCGCGACUUUCGCCAACUGUUUGAUUGUCAACGGCUACAUGGAUCCUGCAGACACACGUCUGGAGUGUACCAUCAGCAGGGCCACCGUCGUCAGCAACUCCGGUACCUUGACGUUCAGCUUCGUGUUCAAUGCCGGUGGUGCUGGUUCUUCUGCAGCCCUAGCGGCCGCCCGCGAGCGGAGUAUUGGCGUGAACACAGUUACUUGGAACGACGGGCUUGUCGCUACUGCGUCGUUCGGUUACGAUACCCGUGUUUCAACUGCGGUAACUGCUGCCUCUUUCUCCGGAUACGACUUCCAAUUCCCAGCCACCAGCACUUACCAGAACGCCUUCUACGUUGGUAUUGCGUGUCCCACCGCUGCGUUCAAUGAAGCCAUGACGCUUUACUACCGCGGUCUUCCUGAACCCAUGGGUAAUGUGGCGGACUGUAACAACGUGAACGUCAGCAUUGCCAACUCUUUCAACGCGUACAACUAUCCAAUGGAUGCCACGACCCUGCCUUCGGCUUCUUACAAGGUCUCCUGUAACAGUAACACGAUUGUUGUGAGUGCCACCAGCAUUCCAGCCAGUUACCACAUGUUCGUCAACGCGUACCAGGUUUUGGACCGUUCACUCACGCAAAAGAUCACUUUUUCCAAUACUUACCUGGAAACCAUCACUUGCGGAAGAAACAUUCGAACCGUCAGUACUGCUAGAGGUGUCAGAUUCCAAUCAGGAAGCGCUUCUGGUGGAGGAUCGGACGCAAGUUAUGCUACCACCACUGUAGGCUGGUCCGGUUCGUACACCACAAGCUCAAUGUCAACGGUGGCUAGUAUCGAUGACGACGGUAACUUGUCUCCGACCACUGUAAUCGUGGUCGAGGUUCCCACCAAGGGCUCAACCUCGUAUACAACAAAGGGCUGGACUGGUUCCGCGACUUCCACUUACAGCACUACCCAGGUUAGUUCCAGCGGCAGCGAUGGCACCAUCACAGUGCAGACCAUCUAUUACAUCGAAACGCCUUACAGGGCUGCAACCACCACAACAACAAAAGGGUGGACAGGAAAAGCUACCUCAACUUACUCCACGGGUACAACCGUAGUCACUGGAUCUGACGGUAUCGCAACUACUCAAACGAUCUAUUAUGUUGAGACCCCAGUUGUUGGAAUCAGCACUACAACUACUACUGGUUGGACUGGAUCUGUAACGUCGACUUAUUCCACCGGAUUGACCACCUACACCGGAUCUGAUGGUAUUGCAACUACGAGAACGAUCUACUAUGUCGAGACCCCAGUUGUUGGAAUUAGCUCGACUACCACCAAGGGCUGGACUGGAUCUGUCACAUCGACCUACUCUACUGGCUUGACAACGUAUACUGGAUCUGACGGUAUUGCAACUACUAAAACGAUCUAUUAUGUCGAAACCCCGGUUGUCGGAAUCAGCACUACAACCACUACCGGUUGGACUGGAUCUGUCACAUCGACCUACUCUACUGGCUUGACAACGUAUACUGGAUCUGACGGUAUUGCAACUACUAAAACGAUCUAUUAUGUCGAAACCCCAGUUGUCGGAAUCAGCACUACAACUACUACUGGUUGGACUGGAUCUGUAACGUCGACUUAUUCCACCGGAUUGACCACCUACACCGGAUCUGAUGGUAUCGCAACUACGAGAACGAUCUACUAUGUCGAGACCCCAGUUGUCGGAAUUAGCUCGACUACCACCAAGGGCUGGACUGGAUCUGUCACAUCGACCUACUCUACUGGCUUGACAACGUAUACUGGAUCUGACGGUAUUGCAACUACUAAAACGAUCUAUUAUGUCGAAACCCCAGUUGUCGGAAUCAGCACUACAACCACUACCGGUUGGACUGGAUCGGUCACAUCGACCUACUCUACUGGCUUGACAACGUAUACUGGAUCUGACGGUAUUGCAACUACUAAAACGAUCUAUUAUGUCGAAACCCCAGUUGUCGGAAUCAGCACUACAACCACUUCUGGUUGGACUGGAUCGGUCACAUCGACCUACUCUACUGGCUUGACAACGUAUACUGGAUCUGAUGGUAUUGCAACAACCGAAACCAUCUACUAUGUCGAGACCCCAGUUGUUGGAAUCAAUUCCACGACCAUUACAGGCUGGACUGGAUCUGUCACCUCAACCUACUCCACCGAGUUGACCACCUUCACUGGAUCUGACGGUAUUGCAACCACUGAGACCAUCUACUACGUAGAGACCCCAGUUGUUGAAAUCAGUUCCACCACGACUCUCGGUUGGACUGGGACUGUCACUUCGACCUAUACUACUGAACUAACCACCUUCACUGGAUCUGACGGAAUUGCAACGACUGAGACCAUCUACUUUGUGGAGACCCCAGAUGUAGACGUGACGUUCACCAGCACAACAGGAUGGUCCGGAUCCAUCACUUCGACCUACUCGACUGCUGAGACAACCUUCACUGGAUCUGACGGUAUUGCAACGACUGAGACCAUCCUACUACGUAGAGACCCCAGUUGUUGAAACUCAGUUCCACCACGACUCUCGGUUGGGACUGGGACUGUCACUUCGACCUAUACUACUGAAUUAACCACCUUCACCGGCUCAGACGGUAUCCCAACCACUGAGACCAUCUACUACGUAGAGACCCCAGUUGUUGGAAUCAAUUCCACGACCAUUACAGGCUGGACUGGAUCUGUCACCUCAACCUACUCCACCGAGUUGACCACCUUCACUGGAUCUGACGGUAUUGCAACAACCGAAACCAUCUACUAUGUCGAGACCCCAGUUGUUGGAAUCAAUUCCACGACCAUUACAGGCUGGACUGGAUCUGUCACCUCGACAUAUUCUACCGAGUUGACCACCUUCACCGGCUCAGACGGUAUCCCAACCACUGAGACCAUCUACUACGUAGAGACCCCAGUUGUUGGAAUCAAUUCCACGACCAUUACAGGCUGGACUGGAUCUGUCACCUCAACCUACUCCACCGAGUUGACCACCUUCACUGGAUCUGACGGUAUUGCAACAACCGAAACCAUCUACUAUGUCGAGACCCCAGUUGUUGGAGUCAAUUCCACGACCAUUACAGGCUGGACUCGGAUCUGUCACCUCGACAUAUUCUACCGAGUUGACCACCUUCACCGGCUCAGACGGUAUCCCAACCACUGAGACCAUCUACUACGUAGAGACCCCAGUUGUUGAAAUCAGUUACCUACCACGACUCUCGGUUGGACUGGGACUGUCACUUCGACCUAUACUACUGAACUAACCACCUUCACUGGAUCUGACGGAAUUGCAACGACUGAGACCAUCUACUUUGUGGAGACCCCAGAUGUAGACGUGACGUUCACCAGCACAACAGGAUGGUCCGGAUCCAUCACUUCGACCUACUCGACUGCUGAGACAACCUUCACUGGAUCUGACGGUAUUGCAACAACCGAAACCAUCUACUAUGUCGAGACCCCAGUUGUUGGAAUCAAUUCCACGACCAUUACAGGCUGGACUGGAUCUGUCACCUCAACCUACUCCACCGAGUUGACCACCUUCACCGGAUCAGACGGUAUCCCAACCACUGAGACCAUCUACUACGUAGAGACCCCAGUUGUUGGAAUCAAUUCCACGACCAUUACAGGCUGGACUGGAUCUGUCACCUCAACCUACUCCACCGAGUUG